AUGGGAAAUGAUUGUUGUAGAAGUACACCACAUUUUGAAGGAACACACAUACAAGCGUCAGAACAAAGGUUGGAUGAAAGACUGAUACCAAAUGGUUAUGUUAUAUUCUACGCUGGUGUUCGUACCGAAGGCGAAAUUUAUACAAGUCCCGUGUUAUCAGUUCAUCUUUAUAAAGAAUCAGCUUCGAAGACUCAACUCGAUAUACAAGAGGGUACAUUUUAUGAAAAAGAAAAUAGAAAAAAUAAAGUUAAUCAUAUAGCAUCUUCUAAAGCAGAAAAAACAUCGUUUGAUGAAGUAGUUCAAAUAAUACCGGUGGAGAAUAUAUUUUCCAUUCGCUACUCAACUGACGUAAAAAAGGAGGCUAAAUCUCAUCAAUUAAAGCCUCCUGAAAUUGUCGAACCAAAGGGCUGUUGUAGCUGUUGUAGAAAAUCACAACAUUAUCGACCAGAACCAAUGAUUAUCGAAGACACAGCUGCCACACGAGUGAUAACCAUAAUUAUUGAGCAUGCCAAAUAUGGUGUACUGGAUACUUCAUCCAAUAUACGUCUGUUGUCAAAAGAAGAUCAAGUUGCUUUCUAUAAAGAAAAACUACAAUACGAGACAUUAAUAUUCUACUUUGUUAAUAAUCAAGAAUUCGAUCAUGUAAAUUUUAAUCAGAGAAAACAACAAGCAGAAACAUUAUGUCGUGCGGUGACACAAUUGAAACAAAUGAAAUCUCAUUAUCCAUCACCAAAAGAUUUAGAGCAGAUAUUAAGUCAGCAGAGUCUUGGAAUCUUUGGUGAUGAACAUGUUGAGCAACAAUCAUCAAUUCUAGCACGACAGAAUCCAUAUUUACCAUCCAAGAAACAAGAGUCAAAAUUAGACGCAAUGCCAAUAACCACAAGAGAAGCUAUUGUGCCGAGGUCGGAUGGAAAGUUUUAA